AGAAGACAUGCCUUGUUUUAUGCCUUCGAGAUAAGGAUUGGUGCUUCAGGUAAGAAUUGCGCAACCUGGUGGCAACUACUGAUAAAAGGGACUAUCGAACAAGUGAUAAAUUUUUUCGUUAGAUAAGGACAGAUCAGUCUGAAUCCUGUAUCGUCAUCGAGAGGUUGGUUAUGUUAAGCACCUCUCUCUCUCCUUCCAUCUGGGGCAUCAUUGCAUCAUUGGAUAAAAUAAAAUAAAAGAACAUAGAGCAAACUAAUGAAUGAAAUAAAGAAAUAAAAAUACAUAAUAAAAUAAAUAAAACAAAAGGACAGGAUAUUUCAGAAGUGAUUGUAAUUUCUUUUUUAUUUUUUUGAUUAGUAUGAAUGUGUGAUGAAGUGUUGGUUGUGCACAAUCAGAUUAAAAAUAAAUUACUAACCCUUUAUAGAAAAAGGUACUACAGUGGGUGUUCUGUGAGCAACGAUUAGUUAUUUGUAUCGACGUUUCCAGUUUUCUUCAAUUUUAGCAACUUCAAUAAGUAAAUGGCUGUGAAAUAUAGGAAAGUCAUUGAAAAUCUGGCCUCCGUUAAUAACAUAUUGGGAGAGAAGAAUACAGAAAGUGCCCCUAGUCUCCAGUGUUCUAUGGUCAUCCCCUGCAUUGAAGUUGGGGGCUAAGAUGUUGAGAACCGGUUAAUUAAACAACGUGUCCACACAGAGUUGGUGUCAACACUGAUUAUAAUAGUCGGAGCUUGUAACAGUUAGUGUUACCUUCCUUCACGUGUUCUUGUUUUGAAAGUUUUUACAAUGGUUAAAAGAAAUAAUAAUCAGUUGCCGCAAAACUUGCCUCAAUUACAAAAUCUAAUAAAGAGAGAUCCAGAUUCAUACAAAGAUGAAUUUAUUCAACAAGAAAGGCAUUACAAAUCAUUAUUGAAAGUUUUUGAACUUAGCCCUGCUGAACACAAUAAAUCUUUAGAUGAGCUUGUUAUGUUCAUGGCACAAGUAGCUCACUGUUAUCCUGAUGUACUAGUUAAUUUUGCACAAGAGUUGAUUGACAUAUUACAAAAACAUAGUACUGUUCUUCAUCCUGAUAUGCGAAUGAGUUUUUGUAAAGCAUUGAUUCUUUUGAGAAAUAAAAAUCUUUUGGCUCCAACUGAUUUGCUAUCAUUGUUUUUUCAACUUCUUCGUGCACAAGACAAGAAUCUUCGUACAUUUUUAGAAUCUCAUAUUAUCAAUGAUAUUAAAAAUAUCAAUGCAAAACAUAAGAAUAUGAAGCUCAAUAAUACCCUUCAGAAUUUUAUGUUUAAUAUGUUAAAAGACAACAACACCAAAGCUGUUAAAAUGUCUCUGAGUAUAAUGAUGGAGCUUUACAAAAAAAAUGUUUGGCACGAUGCAAAAACUGUAAAUGUCAUAGCCACUGCCUGCUUUUCAAAAAUUACCAAGGUGAUGGUUGCUGCUCUUAAAUUCUUCUUAAGUUCGGAUGAACCUGAAAAAGAAAGUGACAGCAGUGAUUCUGAUGACGAAGUAACUCCAAAAGAUGUAAUGAUGGCAAACAGGUUUAAUAAGAAAACAAGAAAAAGAGAAAAGCAGCUGAAAAAAGUAAAACAGCUUGCAGUGAAAAAGAAGAAGAAAAAUAAAGCUCCAAAUUACAACUUUUCUGCUUUACAUUUACUACAUGAUCCUCAAGGAAUGGCAGAAAAACUGUUUAGGCAACUGGAGAAAACUCAUGAAAGGUUUGAAGUGAAAGUUCUGACUUUAGAUGUAAUUUCGCGUCUGAUUGGAUUACAUCAAUUAAUCAUCUUAAAUUUUUAUCCGUUUAUUCAAAGAUAUCUGCAACCUCAUCAAAGAGAUGUGACUAAAUUACUGUUGUUUGUGGCUCAAGCAUCACAUGAAUAUGUACCACCUGAUACUCUAGAACCUGUUUUAAGAACUCUUGUUAACAACUUUGUCACUGAAAGAAAUUCUUCUGAUGCAAUGGCUAUUGGGUUGAAUGCUAUCCGUGAAUUGUGUUCACGUUGUCCAUUAGCUAUGAAUGAAGAUCUACUUCGUGAUCUAGUUCAGUACAAAAGUUACAGGGACCGAAGUGUUGCUAUGGCAGCACGUUCACUUAUACAUCUGUAUAGAACUUCAGUUCCAGAAAUGCUUCAUAAAAAAGAUAGGGGAAGACCUACAGAAGCAACUAUUGAACUUAAAGCCAAAAAGUUUGGUGAAAUUGACAGUAAAGAUUAUGUUCCUGGUGCAGAAGUAUUACUUGAAGAAGAGGCCACUAAUAUGACAAUUGAAGGCAGUGAUGAAAAUGAUAGUGAUAGUGACUGGAUUGAUGUUUCUCAUUCAGAAGAUGAGGGUAAUAGUAGAAAUGUUAAAGCAGAUAAGAGUGUUGAUGAAAUAGAGGAAGAGGAAGAAGAAGAACUGAGUGAUGAAGAAGGAAGUGAGGAUGAUGAAGAAGGGAGUGAGGAUGAUGAAGAAGGGAGUGAGGAUGAUGAAGAAGGGAGUGAGGAUGGUGUAGAAGAGAAUGAGGAUGAUGAAGAAGACAAUAAAAACCACAAAAAGAACAAACCAGCACCUAAAAAACCUCGUUUGAACAAAGCUGAAAAAAAAUCAAUGGAAGAACAACUCGCCGAAAAAAAAGAACUUGCUAAGGCUGUUAGUUCUACGAAAUUCUUAACAGAUGAAGACUUCAAAAGAAUUGAGGCCAUGCAGAUAGCAAAAGAAGUUUCUGGACUAAAGCGUGGUGUCAAGAGGUCUGCUACGGAGAUGGAAUCCCCAAGAGGUGAACUUCUAACUCUUGGAGAUAUUGAAAAUAUUUAUAAGAAGAAGAAAACAUCAAAAGAAGAGAGAAUAUUAAGUGUUAGGAGGGGCCAAGAAGGCCGUGAAGCUUUUGGCUACAAAGUUGGUAGAGUAAACCCACAUGCAAGUACUACUAAUCGUGAAAAAAAGAAAACAAAGAAUUUCAUGAUGGUCAAGCAUAAGGCACGAAGUAAAGUGAAACGGUCUUUCAAAGACAAACAGAUUGCUCUAAGAAAUUAUUUAAUCAAGCAAAAGAAAAUGAAAUAGUUGUAUAUAUAUGAAAUAUAUAUUUGUAUUUAUAAUUAUACAUUGUAAAUAUGUAAAUAAACCAAUCAUAUAUUUUUAACAGUUAUUUAUG